AUGGGUUCGUCCUCUUCACAUAGACUCUGGAACUACGAUGUCUUUCUCAGCUUCAGAGACACACGCAAAAGCUUCGUUAGCCAUUUGCACAAAGCACUUAUCACUAGAGGAAUUGUUACAUUCAAAGACGAUCGAAAGCUUGAGAUCGGAGAAUCCAUUUCUGAUGAACUCUCCAGAGCAAUUCGGAGUUCAAGAUUUGCCGUUGUCGUUAUCUCCGAGAACUACGUUACUUCAAGGUGGUGCUUGGAGGAGCUUCGAUUGAUUAUGGAACUUCAGGGAAAGAAGGAGAUUGAAGUUGUUCCUAUUUUCUAUGGAGUGAAUCCCUCUGACGUGAGACAUCAGAGAGGAAACUUUGCUUUAGAAAGGAAGCUUUCUUUGAAACAUGGUCUCUUAUACUUGCAAGAACAACUUCUUUCCAAUAUCUUGGGCGAAGAGCAUGUCAAAUUGUGGAGUGUGGAACAGGGUGCUCAUUGUAUUAAGUCAAGGCUUGGAAACCUGAAAGCUUUUAUCGUCCUUGAUGAUGUGGAUGAUGUGAAACAGCUGUAUGCACUGGCAAAAGAGGUUAGAUGGUUUGGAACAGGGAGUCGAAUCAUUGUAACAACACGGGACAAGAGCUUGCUUAACUCCUGCGGAGUGAGAAUUGUCUACGAUGUUAAGUGCAUGGGUAAUGAUAACGCCCUCACACUCUUUGAGCAGGUUGCUUUUGAAGGAGGACAUCCUCCUUCUCAUGUCUACAAAGACCUCUCAAUCCGUGCUUCAAGGCUUGCACAAGGUCUUCCUUUGGCCCUUGAGGCUUUUGGCUUUUAUCUCCAUGGCAAGUCACUAAUGGAGUGGAAAGAUGGUUUAAAAUCGUUUGAGGAAGCUCCUUAUGAGAACAUUAUGAGUAUCUUGAAAACUAGCUAUGAUAGCUUAGAUGAACUUGGUAAGACUGCUUUUCUUCAUGUCGCAUGUCUUUUCAAUGGAGACCCUGUCCUCCGUGUCAUGACCCUUCUUGACCGCGGUCGGUUUGGAAUUAGAGAUUUAGCAUAA